AGGGGGCGGGGCGGCAGCAGGGCGCCGCAGGCAGACUCGAGCCGCCGCCGCCGCCGGCCCCGGAGCCGCCGCCGCCGCCGCCCCCCGCGCCCAGCAUGGUAAUGGCCGAGCCCCGGCGGCCCCCCCCGCUGCUGCCCCGCGGGCUCGGGCCCGUCCGCGUCGGUUUCUACGACAUCGAGGGCACGCUGGGCAAAGGCAACUUCGCCGUGGUCAAGCUGGCGCGGCACCGCAUCACGCGCAGCGAGGUGGCAAUAAAAAUCAUUGACAAAUCUCAGCUGGAUGCUGUGAAUCUGGAGAAGAUCUAUAGAGAAGUGCAGAUAAUGAAGAUGUUGGAUCACCCACACAUCAUAAAGCUCUACCAGGUGAUGGAGACCAAAAGCAUGCUGUACCUUGUGACAGAGUUUGCCAAAAAUGGAGAGAUUUUUGAUUACCUGGCCAGCCACGGGCGCCUGAGUGAGUCUGAGGCCAGGCGCAAGUUCUGGCAGAUCCUCUCGGCAGUGGAGUACUGCCACGGGAGGAAGAUCGUUCACCGGGACCUGAAGGCUGAAAACCUCCUGCUUGACAACAACAUGAACAUCAAGAUAGCAGAUUUUGGAUUUGGAAAUUUCUACAAGAGUGGUGAGCCUCUGACCACGUGGUGUGGAAGCCCUCCCUAUGCAGCCCCAGAAGUCUUUGAAGGACAUCAAUAUGAGGGACCCCAGCUGGAUAUCUGGAGCAUGGGAGUAGUCCUUUAUGUUUUGGUCUGUGGAGCAUUACCUUUUGAUGGACCAACACUGCCCAUCCUGAGGCAGAGAGUUCUUGAAGGAAGGUUCAGGAUCCCUUAUUUUAUGUCAGAAGAGUGUGAGCACCUGAUCAGAAGAAUGUUGGUCCUAGACCCCUCCAAACGCUUAACCAUUGCUCAGAUCAAGGAGCACAAGUGGAUGCUUGUGGAAGUUCCUGCACAGAGACCUAUCCUUUAUCCACCAGGAGAGGAGAAUGAGCCUUCCAUUGGAGAGUACAAUGAGCAGGUCUUAAGGCUAAUGCACAGCCUUGGAAUAGACCAACAGAAAACUAUUGAGUCUCUGCAGAACAAGAGUUAUAACCACUUUGCUGCUAUCUAUUACUUGUUAGUGGAAAGACUCAAAUCCCACCGGAGCAGCUUCCCUGUGGAGCAGAGACUUGAUGCUCGGCAGCGUCGGCCCAGCACCAUUGCUGAGCAGACAGUAGCCAAGGCACAAGCUGUGGUACCCUCAGUGACUUUGCAUUCACAGAAUACAAGGUUGUUGCAAUCUCCAGGCCUCUCCUCAGCUUCAGGAGCAGAAGCCUUUUCAUUCCCUCCAUCCACCUGCCAGGCAGAGACAGCAUUUAUGGAGGAAGAAAGAGUGGAGACACCAAAGGUAAAUGGCUGUCUGCUAGACCCUGUGCCCCCUGUGAUGAUCAGGAAGGGCUGCCAGUCCCUCCCUACCAGCAUGAUGGAGACCUCUAUUGAUGAAGGGAUAGAGACUGAAGGCGAGUCCGAGGAGGACCCUGCGCAGGCGUUCGCAGCCCUGCAAGCCGCUCGCUGCGGGAAGCGACGUCACACCCUGGCAGAAGUCACCAACCAGCUGGUGAUGAUGCCAGGCACAGGGAAAGUCUACUCCUUGGAUGAAAACUCCUCUCUGGGCAGCAUCGAUUCAGAGUACGACAUGGGAUCCAUUCAGAGAGAUAUUAAAUUCCUGGAGGACACUCCUUCCUUGAAGGAAAUGGUGCUAACCAGCCAGCAAGCCUCCAGAAUGACACCCCCUUUCAUAGGGCUGAGACCUGCCAACCCAGCCAUGCAGGCACUGGCCUCCCAUAAGCGAGAGACACACAACCGCUCCCCCGUCAGCUUCCGAGAGGGGCGCAGAGCUUCUGACACAUCCCUCACACAAGGAAUCGUAGCGUUCAGACAGCACCUCCAGAAUCUGGCACGAACCAAAGGAAUCCUGGAACUGAACAAAGUCCAGCUGCUGUAUGAACAGAUGGGAUCAGAAGAAGAGCCUUCUCUGACAUCAACUGCCACCCAGUUGCAGGACAUCAUCAAUAGUCCUCCACAGGAGGAAGCAUCUCAGCAGCAGCAGGAAGCUGCAUCUGCCUUCUCUAGCAGUGCACAUCCUCCCUUGUUAUCCAGACAGCAGAGCUUAGAAACACAGUACCUACAACACAGGCUGCAGAAAUCCUCCCUGCUGCCCAAAGCCCAGAACACCUGCCAGCUGUACUGCAAAGAGCUGCCCCGCAGCCUGGAGCAGCAGCUCCAGGAGCACAGGCUGCAUCAGAAACGACUCUUCCUCCAGAAGCAGUCCCAGCUGCAGGCCUAUUUUAACCAGAUGCAAAUCGCUGAGAGCUCGUACCCAAGGUCAAGUCAGCUGCCCCUCUCCUGCCAGGAGGAGCAACAGCAGCAGCAGCAGCAGCAAUCAACCCAGUUCAGCUUGCAGCAGCCCCUGAGCCCUGUGCUGGAGCCUUCCUCAGAACAAAUGCAAUAUGACCCCUUCCUCACUCAGUACCAGAAGGUGCAGCUGGAUCCGCUGCCACCUUCCCAGCUCACCAGCUCCUCACGCCUGGCAUCACCAGUCCAGGUGCAGCAGCCACCACAGCCCUAUUCCUAUCAGACUUGUGACUUGCCUGUUGUCACCUCUCCUGAGCCAGACUACCCAGAGCAGUGCCAGUAUUCCAUGGACCCAGCACAGCCACAGAGCAGUGGAGCGCUGCCUGACAGCCAGAGCAGCUCGGCGUCUCCCGAGGCCCAGUCGAACUAUGAUGCAUUAACCCUCUCAGAGCUGCCUGGACUCUUUGAUUGUGAGAUGAUGGAGACUGUAGAUCCCCAGCACAGUGGCUAUGUCCUGGUGAAUUAGUGCCAUUAACACAGGAGCAGAAGACAGGACAACAAUGGAGGAGGAGCAUGCAAAAUUGGACUCACUUUUUGGUUUUGUUCCUGCCCCAAAAGUCUGUGGCAAUUUUUCGACCCUGGAAUCAAGAGGGGGAGCUAAAAACUUCCACCUCACUGGAAAAGAAAAGCCAGGAGGUGGUGAGAACUGUUUGGCUGCUGGCUCCUCUUGCUAGCAGGGGCUAGAGAACAGGUAGUGCAGUUUCAUCCCACAAAGAACCUAGUGUGCACAGGAGGCAAAAAAGAAGAAGUGAGUUUUAGAGGAAGGAAAUAAUCCCUUCUGGAAGAAGGAAAGGGAAGAGGGGGGGUUGGCAGCAUUCAGCUACCAUCCACUUGGAGAAAUGAGAGCAAGAGCACCUUGGGGUGUGCUUCUUGGCAAUAAAAGCAAUAGUUUUCCUGGAAAUUCAGGGUAGAGCUGGGUCUGUGCUGGUGGCAACUCUGGAGGCAGCAGAAGGGAGGUGGAAAGAAGGGAAAGUUGCACUUGGGCAUCCAGCUGCUGGGUGAGGUUCUGAGGUGGAACUGCUCCAUGGUGAUCUCUGGGAUCACCAGGUCUUCUAGACAGCCUCCACUCCUCCCUGCUAGCAAGUGAAGAGUAUUUCCCAAGCCUGCCAAGGAACUCUUGGUUGUCCACUAAGAGAUGGCUCUACUAAAUGACAUCCUGACUUUGUCAGAAGAUACCUGGGACUGUCAGAGGGCACCACAGGGGGUUGUAGAGAGCUGGGUGGGGAUCAGAGUGAUAAAGGAUUAGCUGACACAGAGAGAGAAGGCUUCAACUGCACAUUGGGAAGAAUGUCUUUACCAUGAGGGUGGUCAGACACUGGAACUGGCUGCCCAGAGAAGUUGUGGAUGCCUCACCCCUGGAAGUGUUUAGAGCCAGGCUGGAUGAGAGCUUGAGCAAACUGUUCUAGU